UGAAAGGGUGAAACAUGGGGGCACUCAAGGAAUAUGCCGGUGUGAUCACGGCUGCGGUUACGGUGUUUGCCGCACUGGGCGCAUUGGGUCUGUGGGCUGUCAAUGUCCAGGUCACCCCGGAGCUCAACCGGCUGGAAGGGCGAAUUGAACAGCUCGACGGCAAGCAUCGACGCCAACCUGAAGGUCAUCAACGACAGGUUCAACCUGGUAGACGAGCGGUUCGAGCGCGUCGAUGACAGGUUCGACCUGGUGGACGA